AUGGUCAAGUUUCUCAAGCACCAAGUCAAGGCCAUUGACAACAACAAGAUAAUUAAAUGUGACCAAAAAGUUGAGCUUAAAGUUGUUCAACAGCCAGUCAAAGCAAGAGUGUCUGGACGUAAAGAAACUAGAAAUUCCUCUAGACGUCUUGUGGACCCACAACCAAUUGUUCAAUUAAAAAUUCAACUGGGUGAUAGAGAUAUAAUUGAUUAUAGUCUUGGUAUUUAUUUCAUCAGAGCUUCUAUUGAUUGUAUCGGAUUUAGUGAUUCCGAAACUUUCAUGGCUAAACAAAGAAAAUCUAGAAUGCAAGAAGAUAGUCAAGAAGAUUUUGAUGUCCUCAGAGGUACUACCACAGUUACUGCUCAGUUCUACAAGGGCAGCCCUUAUGUUGCUUGUGGUGUCUUUGAUAACUUAUCUGUUAGAUUCAAGGGUGAAUAUAGAUUAAGAUUUGACCUCUAUGAGAUCCAAUCUUUCUCUCCAGAUGGUUCUGUUUCUGUCAAGCCAAAUGUCAUUCAUUGGAAAAAUGCCACUGUUUACUCUUCUAGAUUUACCGUUUACACCGACGCUUCAUUUGAUGGUCUCGAGGCUUCACCAAUCCUUAAUGAGCAAUUGAAGAAAGCUGGCUGCAGAAUCAGAACCAGAAAGCCAAAGACCAACUUGCCUGCUGGUAUGAAAAACUUACCAUACGAGGAUUUCAGAAUCGCCAAACCAAUGAAAGGCUAUCCUAAUGGGCCAAUUGGUAUGGGUGGUGUUAUUGGUGCUGGUCUUCAGUUCUAUCCACAAAUGAAUAAUGGUUUCAACCCUGCCGUAGGAGCUGCUUCUGUUUAUAAUAGUCCACAAUUAGGAUAUGGUGGUAGCAACUAUUUUGAUUCCCCUUUGCCUUCUAGAAGCGCUACUCCUUUGCAAACUGUUCAAAGAAGUCAAUCUAUCACUGAUGUCUAUAGUAGAUCUGCCACACCAAUGAAUGGCUAUUCUGCAAAUUCGGUCAUGGGUACCCCUAUGCCAACUAUCAAGUCCCAAUACUUCACACCAUCCCAACAGGCUCCUGAUACUCCACAAACCAACCAAGUUGAUGUAUUCUCCACCCCAUUGACACACUUAUCCAUCAAUGAUUCCGCUGCUUUUGACGCCACUGGCUUAGACUUGUCGCCUCUUGAACAAGAUGUCAUUUUCAACCCACAAGCAAAUCAAAGCUCGAAUUAUGUGUUGGGCAAUAACAAUGGUCUUAAUAAUAAUCUCGGUGGUCCAAUUGACAAUGGUUCAAAGCUUGACUUCAACAACUUGGAUGGUUUCUAUCAAUCUUUGUCAGUGGGUAAUGAUGUUACUGUUGACAAUAUCAAUAAUGCUCCAAGAUCCCAAGAAGUACUUCUUGAAUCAUUCUCAAGUACUGUUAACAAUAGUGAUAUUAGCCAAAAGCAGCUGCAACAACAACAUCAACAUCAACAUCAACAACAUCAACAGACUCCAGUACAGCAGCAACAAACUAAGUAUGAAGAUUCAAGUGAUAAUAUUGACUUCAUGUCUUUAUUACAAGAUAAUAUCAACUUUAGUGGUGUUUCAGAACAGCAGCAGCAGCAAUUCCAACAACAACAGCAAUUCCAACAGCCAAAUUUUGAAAACCCAUUCGCUAUAAGUGAGUUGGAAUUCACCUUCUAA